AUGAAAUAUAUCUUAAUUGUUGCACUUUUGAUUUUGAUAAUCACAGCAAGGUCAGUUCAUAAAAAUGAAGAUGAUGAAAUGACUAGAUGCAUGGCAAAACAUUGCAAAAAAUAAGCAGGAGGUUGUGCAAGAAUUUAAGGAUGUGCUGAAAAUCUUAAGAAUUGUGCAAAUGAUCUUGAAAAAGAUGAAGAUCUAGAAAAAGUAUAUAUAAAAUUUGAAAUUAUUAGUUUGACACAUGUUUAGGUAAAGUACCAUAAUCUUAUUCAUUGAUGGAAUGCAUACUUUAAAACUGUUCCGAUAUUGAAAGGAAAAGUGUUGAAUAGCUUUUUAAAAAAAAGAAUUGA